AAAUAAUUAACUAAACUCUGCAGACAGAUGCCGUAUAAUUAACUUACUGGCCCUCUAUUGUCAAGCAUUUGUUUGCUGUCAUUAGAAAGUAAGACUGUUCUUACCCACUGAUCAGUUAAUCGCAGUUAGCCGGUUGUUUGUUCACAUUUCAGACGUUCUUGUUAAAAUACAUAUUGUUGCCAGUUUAUUAGGUACACCAGUGUGGUCACUAUUAACCAACCACAUGACUUGUAUUCUGGUCACAUUCCCAUUUUGAAUUUGCAACAAUUAUUCCUUGAUUUUCUCGUUCGUGAAAUAAGAUAUUAAAAGGAUGAUUAUAUAUGCUGUCUUACUAUACAUCACGUUGAGAUUUGAGAUGAGUGCCCCUUGUAUUACUUUCAAAUGCUGUCAUAUAGUACGGUAUAAUACUGUUUAUUAGAGAUACUGUCUAUUAGAGAUCAGUAGGGAGAGAGAGAGAGAAAGAGAGAGAGCAGGAGUAGGUGUGUGUAUAGUAUGUGGGCGGAUGUGGAGGGGAACGGGAUGAGUGUGUGCACUCCCUGUUCCAGGGACAGAAGACUCAUAGAGAGCAGACUGUCCAAGCACAUUCAUAUGCGCAUGCGUGUCCACUGGAACAGGUUUUACAACUCUGUCACUCCACCCAAAUCCUGGGAUUUAAAAGGCCCACACUGGACAAGCUUGCUGCACUUUCACAGCAUCUCCUAUAGCAUCUUCAGCUUCAGUCCAUUAUUUCUUCACCAUGAGUCUGAGGAGCAAGAGGAUCAGUUCGAGCUGUUCUGUAAGGAGCAGUGGGAAGCUUGGCGGCUAUGGAGGCUAUAGCAGUGGGUUUAGCACAAUGUCCCUUGGAGCGUUGUCACCCAGCUUCAGCACCAGCAGCACCUACUUGGGUGCCCCCAUAGCUAACAUCUCAGUCAACAAAAGCCUGCUGGCUCCCCUCAACCUGGAGAUCGACCCCAACCUCCAGAUGGUGCGCACUCACGAAAAAGACCAGAUGAAAUCUCUUAACAACCGCUUUGCCUCCUUCAUCGACAAGGUGAGGUUCCUAGAGCAGCAGAACAAGAUGCUGGAGACCAAAUUUGAAGUUCUUCAGAGUCAGACCCCAGGCAGGUCUAACAUUGAGCCCAUGUUCGAGGCGUAUAUGGCCAAUCUGCGCAGACAGCUCGAUGUGGUCAACAACGAUAAAAUCAAGCUGGACGGAGAGCUGAGGAACAUGCAGGGGCUGGUGGAAGACUUCAAGCACAAGUACGAGGAUGAGAUCAACAAGAGAAACAACCUAGAGAAUGACUUUGUGAUUCUGAAAAAGGAUGUAGACUCUGCAUACCUGGUGAAAGCUGAUUUGGAAGACAAAGUGGGUGCGCUGACUGAUGAGAUCAACUUCCUCAAGACUAUUUACGACGAGGAGCUGCGUGAGAUGCAGGCCAGCAUCACUGAAACCUCUGUCACAGUGCAGAUGGACAACUCCCGCAACCUCAACAUGGACCAGAUUGUGGCCGAGGUCAAGUUCCAAUAUGAAGAGAUCGCAGCCAAGAGCCGUGAGGAAGCUGAGGCCUGGUACAAGUCUAAGUAUGACCAGAUGGCCAGCCAGGCCACACAGUACGGGAACGAGCUGAGGAACACCAAGGCUGAGAUCGGUGAGCUCAACCGCAUGAUCAGCCGUCUGCAAAGCGAAAUUGAGUCCAUCAAGGCCCAGCGCACUAACAUGGAGAACCAGAUCGCCGAGGCAGAGGAGCGUGGUGAGCUGACAGUGAAGGAUGCCAAAGCUCGCAUCAGAGACCUGGAGGACGCGCUGCAGAGAGCCAAGCAGGACAUGGCACGCCAGCUGCGGGAGUACCAGGAGCUCAUGAACGUCAAGCUGGCACUGGACAUCGAGAUUGCCACUUAUAGGAAGCUAUUGGAGGGCGAGGAGGACAGAAUUGGACAGCAGGUCGUUGGCAACAUUCAAUCCAUGUCCAGUUACAGCUCCAAAGGAAUGAACGGCUACCAGCAGUUCAGCUCUCCAUCCCCUAAACUGCUGAUCAAAACCACCGAGAUUAGAGACAACACCAGAUUCACUACACACUGAAGUGUCAGUAUAAAAUAUGAUAUCAAAUAGCUUAAAGAAACUAUCGUAAAACUAACUAUAGGUUCAUGUUAUGGUAGACUUGUUACAAGAAACUAUAUCUAUAGGCGAUAUAUAUUUUCUGUAUCAGUAAAGGUGGCA